AUGCAGGCGAUGCCGGAUACGCGACAGCAGUCGUUUGACGAGAUCUACGGGCCUCCCGAGAACUUCCUCGAGAUCGAGGUCCGCAACCCCCGAACCCACGGUAUGGGUCGCGGCAUGUAUACCGACUACGAGAUCGUCUGCCGCACAAACAUCCCCGCCUUCAAGCUCCGCGCCUCCAGCGUCCGCCGCCGCUACUCCGACUUCGAGUACUUCCGCGACAUCCUCGAGCGUGAGAGCGCCCGCGUCACCAUCCCUCCUCUCCCCGGCAAGGUCUUCACGAACCGCUUCAGCGACGACGUCAUCGAGGGCCGCCGCGCCGGCCUCGAGAAGUUCCUGCGCAUCGUCGUCGGCCACCCGCUCCUGCAGACGGGCAGCAAAGUCCUGGCUGCUUUCGUGCAAGACCCCAACUGGGACCGUAAUGCGUGGUGA